AUGAAUGAUGAUUCUCCACGAUUAAAUCGAAGUGUAUCAGCGACUAUAUCUCCAGCAACUCUAAAUAAGUAUGCUUUGAAGAUAGGUCGCCCAGUUCCUGAAAUUCCAAAGUAUCAAUGUUGCAAUUUGUUAUCUGUCAACAUUUGGGAAGCAAUUACUGGAGAAAAAUCUACAGCUGCCAGAAUUUCCCAAAUUAUUGAUGUUUAUUUACCACAAGCGCCAGGAGCAGUUGUCGGAACUCCAGUUUUUACACAACAAUCUCUUCAAUACGUCAAAAUGGCAAAAGACAGAUCAGAUUGCAUUCAACUUCAAGAUCAGAUUGCUCGCGCUACGCCAACUGAGCGCGAUACUAUAUUCAAUGCUUUAUAUCCUCAUAUGGGCGAGCUCGUUUGCGAUGGCGCCGCAAACUUUGUGAUACAGAAGCUCUGUGAAAACAUUACAGAAGAACAACAAAGCCGUAUGCUGUCAUUUUUCUUAGAAGACGUUCAAUUUAUCGUAGAUCAUCCAAAUGGAUGCCGUGUGUUACAGAAAUUCAUUGAACAGACAUCUCCGAAAAAUAUAGACCCUAUUUUCCUCGCUCUCCUCCCAAGAUUCGUUGAAUUAUGCAGUAGUCAAAAUGGAAAUCACAUUGCUCAGCGUUUCAUCAUCAAAAUACCAAACCGUGUCCCCGAAAUAAUCGACAAAAUCAAGGGCCACGUCUACGAGCUCGUUGUUGAUAACUGGGGCUGUAGAGUUAUCCAACAAUUGUUUGAUCGUCAGCCGAUACAAGAUUUAAUACCUUUGGUCGACGAAGUCCUCUGCAGAGCUGAAACUUUGGCGACUAACCAGUUCGGAAACUACGUAGUUCAAAAUAUUUUGAAUAGUGGAACUCCGGAGCAUAUCCAAGCGCUAAUCAGAGCAUUUACAGGUCACUUCUACGAAUUCUCAAUGCAUAAAUUCGCUUCCAACGUUAUUGAGAAAUGUAUAAGAAAAGCAAACCAACAACAGCAGAAUAUGAUAUUUACGGAGAUCAUAGGACCUGAAGAGAACUACAACAAGCCAAGAAUUAAAGAAAUGGUCUCGGAUCAGUUCGGAAACUACGUAAUUCAAAGAAUUAUCGAAUUCGGAACAAAAAGUCAACGAGACAUAAUUUACGUUGUAUCGUUUGAGAACUACAACUACUUGAUUAAGGUCAGUUACGCAAAGCACGUUAUUUCUUGUCUGACAAAUCUCGGAUAUGAGUUUUAA